AGGACCUCAGAGGUAGCCCAUCCAGCUCAUUUUAGAUAAGGAAAACGAGGUCCAAGCAAGUAAAUAGGCUGUGAUUUAACGGCAGAGAGGUAACUAGAUCCUAGGUCUCCCGCCUCUUCCUGACGCCAGGCUGCGUUCAGUAACAGAACCCGCGCUGACUGGACGGGGUGGGGAGGGCUAGGGCUGGUCUAAAACACUCUUGGAUUUCAGCUUCCUCUUCUACAAAAUGGGGUGGAAAAUUAACAGCCUCUCGGGCAGCUGCAGGGAGCAAAUGCCAUAACGAAUGUGAAGGAACUUAUUAGUAACAGAAUUCAGAGCUGGGCGAAGUGGUGUAGAGGAAACUAGGAGGCGUCCAGAGACGCGUGUUCCAGUCACGUCAUCUCUUUGGGCCUCAGUUUCCUCAUCUGCCAAUGAGGGACUGGGCCUGUCUGGCGGCCGCGGCCCUUCCAGCUCGACCGUCCCAGGCUCUGAGGCCCUUCGCGGAGGUGCCAGCGCGGAGGGCUGGACCCUGGGGGAAAAGGACUAGGGAGCUCGUGAGGGGUCUCGAGUUACCGUCCUGCAGCAGCGCCGUCUUCUCGGCGGUCCGGAGACUCUCCAACCAACCGGUUACCGCCAUCUUCCCCGCGCCCAGCCAAGCGCCCCGGCCGCUGCCAUGGCAACCAUUCCGCCUACGGUCACUUCCGGCUGACCCGGAAGAUGUUCUGAGCAUUUACCCCUCCCCCCCACCCCCUCCGGCCCCCGACUUCCCACCCACCACGCCCUUCGUCCGCUCUCAUUGGCUGCCCUGGCCAGGAUCCGGCCAUCCCUCAAUGGACCCCAGGGGCAUCUUGAAGGCAUUUCCCAAGCGGAAGAAAAUUCACGCCGAUCCAUCAUCAAAAGCACUUGCAAAGAUUCCCAAGCAAGAAGAUGGAGAAGCAGGAGAAUGGCUGAGCUCCCUGCGGGCCCAUGUUGUGCCCAGUGGCAUUGGGCGAGCCCGGGCAGAGCUCUUUGAGAAGCAGAUUAUCCAGCACGGUGGCCAGAUAUGCACUGCCCAGGCCCCAGGCGUCACUCACAUUGUGGUGGAUGAAGGCAUGGACUGUGAGCGAGCCCUCCGCCUCCUUCGACUGCCCCGGCUGCCCCAGGGCGCUCAGCUGGUGAAGUCCACCUGGCUAAGCCUGUGCCUGCAGGAGAGGAGGCUGGUGGACACGGCAGGAUUCAGCAUCUAUAUCCCUAACAGGUACCCGGACCAACCACACGUCAGCAAGGCAGACCAAGACUUUUCUGCUCCUCCUGGAGCCCAUGAGGCUCUGCUCAGGACAGCCCUCUCUCCUCCCUCUCCUCCCACGAGGCCUGUGUCUCCUCCCCAGAGGGCAGAAGAGGCCCUGAGCACCCAAGCCCAGCCUGGCUCUGAUGAUGAAACCAGUGAUGGGGAAGAGAACCAGGUUAGCGCAGCUGAUCUGGAAGCCCUUAUCAGUGGCCACUACCCCACACCCCUUGAGGGAGAUGAUGAACCAAGCCCAGCCCCUGAGGGCCUGGAUAAGUGGGUCUGUGCACAGCCUUCGAGCCAGAAGACAACUAACCACAACCCCCACAUCACAGAGAAGCUGGAAGUGCUGGCCAAAGCCUACAAUGUUCAGGGAGACAAGUGGAGGGCCCUGGGCUAUGCCAAGGCCAUCAAUGCCCUCAAGAGCUUCCACAAGCCUGUCACCUCCUACCAGGAAGCCUUCAGUAUCCCCGGGAUUGGAAAGCGGAUGGCCGAGAAAAUCGUAGAGAUCCUGGAAAGCGGGCAUCUGCGGAAGCUGGACCAUAUCAGUGAGAGCGUGCCUGUCUUGGAGCUCUUCUCCAACAUCUGGGGAGCUGGAGCUAAGACUGCCCAGAUGUGGUACCAGCAGGGUUUCCGGACCCUAGAAGACAUCCGCAGCCAGGCCUCCCUGACUACCCAGCAGACCAUUGGCCUGAAGCAUUAUGAUGACUUUCUGGAACGCAUACCCAGGGAGGAGGCUGCAGAGAUUGAACAGACAGUCCGGGAAUCAGCUCAGGCCUUCACCCCUGGGCUGCUGUGUGUGGCAUGUGGUUCUUACCGACGCGGGAAGGCAACUUGUGGCGAUGUGGAUGUGCUGCUUACUCACCCGGAUGGCCGGUCUCACCAGGGCGUCUUCAAUCGCCUCCUUGACAGCCUUCGGCAGCAAGGGUUCCUGACGGAUGACCUGGUGAGCCAGGAGGAGAACGGCCAGCAGCAGAAGUACUUGGGUGUGUGCCAGCUCCCAGGGCCGGGGCGGCGGCACCGACGACUGGACAUCAUCGUUGUGCCCUACAGCGAGUUUGCCUGCGCCCUGCUCUACUUCACUGGCUCUGCCCACUUCAACCGCUCCAUGAGGGCUCUGGCCAAGACCAAGAGCAUGAGCUUGUCGGAGCAUGCCCUCAGCACCGCUGUGGUCCGGGACAGCCGAGGCCGCAAGGUGGGGCCUGGCCGAGUGCUGCCCACUCCCACUGAGAAGGAUGUCUUCAGGCUCUUAGGCCUACCCUACCGAGAGCCAGCCGAGCGGGACUGGUGACCCGCGGCUGGGGGGAAGGGGGACUGCCCCACCUGGCCAUCCAGUGCUUGUCUCCAGCCUUAGUGGGCUGAACCUCACUACGUCAACAGCCUGGGCCUGAGGGAAAGGGCCAGCCUGGCUCCCACGUUCUGUCCAGCCCUCUCCUCAACAAGAGCAGACUGCUGGCCUUCUGCCUCACCACUGCCUCUGGUGGAGUUCUGGACACGCCCCCCUCCCCCCCCCCCCCCCCCCCCCCCCGCCUCAUUGUAAGCAAGAACAGCUGCUGGUGUGAAGCCAGUUUCCUGUGCUGAAGGCCCAGACACCCCCACUUCCCUGCCCAAGGAGGGUCUCUCUGCUGGGGGCAGGAUGGGGGCUGCAGGGGAGGGGCAAGCAGCUGUAGCUGAGCAUCACCUAAGACCCUUUGGAGCAAGAGAACAAGCCGUUUCACAUGUCCUCCCUCCCCCUAGCCCGCUUCCUGUGCAGCUGGAGGUGUGGGGACGGGGUGACCAGGCUUGGGGAGGAUAGCAUUUGAAGGCCCAGGGGUCCAGUAAAGUGCACUUGACAUUCA